CUCGUUUUUGUGCCUCUUCCCCAGUCCCCCAAGGAACCUGAGCAGCUGCGCAAGCUCUUCAUCGGCGGCCUGAGCUUUGAGACCACAGACGAGAGCCUGCGGGGCCACUUCGAGCAAUGGGGCACGCUGACAGACUGCGUGGUAAUGAGAGAUCCAAAUACCAAGCGCUCCAGGGGCUUUGGGUUUGUUACGUACUCUACGGUUGAAGAGGUUGAUGCCGCCAUGAAUGCUAGACCACACAAAGUUGAUGGCAGAGUUGUUGAACCAAAGAGGGCUGUAUCCAGAGAGGAUUCUCAGAGGCCAGGUGCUCACCUGACAGUGAAGAAAAUCUUCGUGGGGGGAAUUAAGGAAGACACAGAGGAACACCACCUGCGAGACUACUUUGAACAGUACGGCAAAAUCGAAGUGAUUGAGAUCAUGACAGACCGUGGGAGCGGCAAGAAGAGGGGCUUUGCAUUUGUCACCUUUGAUGACCACGACUCUGUGGACAAGAUUGUUAUUCAGAAGUAUCACACUGUGAACGGCCACAACUGCGAAGUGAGGAAAGCCCUGUCAAAGCAAGAAAUGGCCAGUGCAUCAUCCAGUCAACGAGGCCGCAGUGGCUCUGGGAACUUCAGUGGUGGUGGCGGCCGUGGAGGUGGAUUUGGUGGCAAUGACAACUUCAACCGUGGCAGCAACUUCAGUGGUCGUGGUGGGUUUGGUGGCAGCCGCGGUGGUGGCUAUGGAGGAGGUGGAGACGGCUAUAAUGGAUUUAGCAAUGAGGGUUACGGUGGCGGCGGUGGUGGCGGCCCUAGCUACUCAGGAGGAAGCAGAGGUUACGGUGGCAGUAGCAACUACGACGGCUAUAACAACGGAGGGGGCGGCUUUGGCAGCGGCAGUGGAGGAAGCAACUUUGGAGGAGGCGGGAACUACAACGACUUUGGCAGUUACAACAGCCAAUCUUCAAACUUCGGCCCUAUGAAAGGAGGGAACUUCGGCGGCGGCCGGAGCUCUGGUCCAUAUGGCAGUGGAGGCGGCUAUGGUGGCUCCGGUGGUGGUGGUAAUUAUGGCGGUGGGAGAAGGUUUUAACUACCAGGAAACAAAGCUUAGCAGGAGAGGAGAGCCAGAGAAGGGGCAGGGAAGCUGCAGGUUACUACAGGUGUGAACUCAGCCAGACACAGUUGUGGCAGGGUGUAGCUGCUACAUGAAGACAUGUGUUAGACAAGCUCUCCUUUGCAAACAUGAGGACUGUAUUUGUGACUAAUUGUAUCACAGGUUAUUUUAGUUUCUGUUCUGUGGAAAGUGCAAAGCAUUCCAACAAGGGUUUUUAUGUAGAAUUUAUUUUAUUUUUUUCCGCACCCAUGCUGUUGAUUGCUAAUUGUAAUAGACUGAUCAUGACGCUGAAUAAAUGUGUCUUUUUUUAAA